AUGAUAGCUCUAGAUAUAUGCAAGAGAUAUAUUGCCGGUGAAUGGGAAAAUAUCACCACUGAUGAGAUUGUCGUAAAACAACUCAGUGGCGGUUAUAACAAUCAAAUAUAUUACUGUUCACUACCGGAGGGUCGGGAGCCGGUGGACAAUGAGCCGAAACAUUUAUUACUACGGCUCUACGGCAUCGGGACUACAAUCCCGGGCGACGACUAUAAGGUUACCGAUAGUCUCAUAACAUUACUAUUGUCUGAACGGGGUUUGGGUCCCAAACUCUAUGGCGUAUUCCCCGGCGGCCGACUCGAGGAGUUUAUACCCUCUCGGCCAAUGACAAGCCUAGAGCUCAAGGACAGGGAACUAAUGGCCAAAAUUGCCAAAAAGUUGGCCGCAAUCCACACAAUGGAUGUACCCAUAGAUAAACAAACAGAUUCGUUAUUCACCACGAUGGAAAAAUGGGUGCAAACAGUACACACACCCAUCGGUGCGGACGCACCCGCACAACGAUACCCGCGCCCCGAACUGGAGAGGGAAAUGACAACAUAUGACUAUCGCCGGGAACUACAAUGGCUGAGACGAGUGCUACCCGAGUGCGUGUCACCCGUAGUGUUCGCACACAACGAUUUGGGGCCGGGUAAUGUGCUCAUUUGUGACAACCCCCAGGCCUAUGGGGGCGACGGCCUGUUGCUCAUAGACUAUGAGUGGGCCGCCUAUACCUGUCGGGGCUAUGACUUUGCCAAACAUUUCACUGAACACCUGUACGACUAUUCAGAGCCCGAUUACCCGUACUGUAGGGUAGACUUUGACGCCUAUCCGACCGAUGAGGAGAAGCGACACUUUUUCCGCCAUUAUAUCAAACAUUCACCCGAUUUGAGCGCCGGGAAGGAAACGGAGGACCAAUUGAUCCGUGAGGCCGACUAUUACUCUUUGGCUCCGCAUCUGAUUGAGUCCCUUUGGGCACUACGACAGGCGCGUACAUCGCAACAGGCUUUUGGAGAACUCGAAGGCUAGAUUGAUGGCGUAUGAAAAACAUAAAGCAUGGUUAAUUAAAACUUAUGGUAUACUCAAUGAGUGAUUUUAAUUGCCAUUAUGUUUUUGGCGUAAUUUUAAGAAUUUUAUAAAUAAGGAUU